AUGGCAGACGACUCGUCAGACAAUACAGAAACACCUUCAGCCGCUCCAACUAUUGAGGAUAAUGAUGUUGAUGAUGUAAAGGGUAAUCCAUGGGAUUCUCCACCACAGGUAAAUCAUUUCUUUUUUUUGAAAAAAAUUCCUCAAAAAUACUUUUUCAGAGUCCAGUAAAUGGUGUUGUACAGCCUCGAAUUCAUGCACCAGCCGAUAAACCAACAAAACAUACAAAUCAAUUGGAAUACCUUUUGAAUGUUAUACUCAAGGAUACCUGGAAGAAAAAUAUUUCGUGGCCUUUUAGAGCUCCUGUUGAUGCAGUUGCUCUUCAAAUUCCGGUGAGUUUGAGAAUUUUUACUUUAAGUUCCCCAAAAUUGGCGUGAGACCCUUAGCGCCUCAAAAAAGGGAGUUAGAGUAACUCAGGAGUGAUAUUUUUCUCACGAAAUUAAUUUUAUACAAAAAUAUUAUUCCAGGAGUACCACAAAGUCAUCAAGAAGCCGAUGGAUCUUGCCACAAUUAUGACUCGCGUCAAAAACACUUAUUAUUGUAAUGCACAGGAGGCCGUUGAGGUAAGAUUCUAUUUCACUUUCCAAAUCGAACCUCUUUUUCAAAUGUAUAAUUCAGGAUCUCAUGCGAAUGUUCAACAAUUGCUACACCUUCAAUCCACCACAUUUUGGAGUUUAUGGAAUGGCCAAACAACUUGAAGAAUAUGUUUUGAAACGAUUGAAUGAGCUGCCUGCAGUUGUAAGUUUUUUAUUUGUUGCAGAAAAAAAAUCAAUCAAUAUUGUGUUUUGUAGGAAGAAGAGAUGAUCAAAACAGCUGCAAAACGUGGCCCAAAAGGGAAGAAAAAUAAGAACAUCAAUAACGAUCCGAAUAAGGUUAAAGACGAAGAGCUUACACCAGAAGAUAAACAUGUGAUUGACCAUUUUCAUCGGGCAACUAGAGCCAGUAAGUUCUCACGAGAAUUUUUGGUUUUCCCGAUGUUGUUAUUCCUCUUGUUGUGACUGUAAAUCUGUUUUGUUUUUCCAGUGUCUUCACUUCCCGAUGAGAAAAAUAUCAAACCAACUGAUUUGAUCAAAGGUAUACAUUUUUUCCUGAUUUUUAUCCAAUGUAGUUUCAUUGUGAAUUUGAUUUUGUUUAUUUUUGAAUGAAUUUCAAAAUUGAAACCAAAAUUCAAUAAUGAAAAUCCAUGUUUUCAGAUUCGCCAAGCCGUGAAUCUUCGGUUGUCUCAAUUCAGCAAAAAGAUGCGGAUAGCUCGAUUAUUGAUGGGCAAGAAGAUAAUGAACCAUUGGCUUCAACAUCUUCAAGCAUUCCGGAAACUGUCGCGACUUCUUCAAAAGUUGGAGUCAAACGCAAGGCUGAUACAACAACAUUUGAUGAUGAAACUUCGGCAGCAAAGGUGAGCUUGGAUCUUGGCUUUCCAAGAUUUUUGAAGAUUCAUAGGUUUUUUUCAGCCGCUGAAUAAGAUCUUAUUUUUACCCCCUCACUGAUAAGAAUUUUGUAAUAUCGGUUCUAGAACUCUUUGUGAUCGCAAGAGCCCCAAAAUCAAUAGAAUUUAUCCACCUAAAAACACAACCUCACGAAAAUCCCCAAACUCCAAUCAAUAUUUCUUAUUUCAGAUCAAUUCACGCCGCGAAUCAUCACGUCCAGUCAAAAAACCCAACCUAUUCCUCGACUACAACACUCCAAUGACACCAAUCCCCCAAAGAAAAACCAAGUCAUCAGAAGCGAUGAAGUUUUGUCAAAAAUUGCUCACCGAAUUGCACUCGCGUAAAUAUAUCGGUUUCAUGUGGCCAUUCUACAAACCGGUUGAUGUUGUCGGAUUAGGUUUGAAUGACUAUUUCGAAAUCAUCACACAUCCAAUGGAUUUGUCAACAAUUAAAAAGAAGUUGGAUCGUAAAGAAUAUGCGACUCCACAUGAGUUUGCUGAAGAUAUCAGAUUGGUUGGUUUUGAUUUUUCCUUGGGAUUAAUUUAAAUCCUUUUUUUUUCAGAUUGCCAAAAACUGUUCAGUGUAUAAUGCUCCAAAUACAGAUGUUUAUGUUCACGGCGUUGAUUUCUUGAAAUUAUUCGAGGGUAAAUUUCGCGAUUGCCCAGCUGAAGAUGAUUAUCUCGAUAUGAUUCCACUCACUGUUCAAACUGAUUUGAAUGACGAUGAAAAAUUGAACAGCGUUCUAUCGAUGAUUAAAACUGAGCAGAAGAAAGCCUCGGAAAGAGUUGACCAAUUGCGUGCACUUCACGAGAAAAUGUAUGAAACGCUUCUUCAUCGACGUGAAGCAAAAUUGAACGGAACAACCCCGCCAAUUGUCGACAAUGCUGUUUUGAUUCAAAUGGAACGUUUGGGAAUUCCAAGCGCUGCGUAUUCGUCAAAUGAUGUGAGUGACAUUGUUUUUCGGAAGAUUUUGAAAUUAAAUCUUUUUGUUUUCAGACAUCUGGUGAUGAUAUGAUAUCACCAACAACUUCGGUUCGUUCGUCUUCUCGUGCGCCAGUUCCCAAAGUUUUUGAUGAUGUUAAGAUGGAAGUUUAUACACCAAAACCAGCUCCAGUUAAAAAGAGGUAUUUUUUUUGUGAAGCCCACUUCCGAUUUUUUAAAACAAAAACUUUCAGCGUCAGCCGUCCAUCAGUCACUCUUUCUGCUGAAGUUGUCCCCGUCGAACCGCCAAAACUCCCCGAUGGAACUGUUCGCAGAGGUCGCCGCCCAGGAUCAAAGAACAAGCCGAAGAAUCUAGCUCCAAAGAAAAUCUACGAGUUUGAUUCGGAAGACGAUUCGGUCAACCAACCAAUGUCAUACAACGAGAAAGUUGAUCUUUCUGCCAAAAUUAGCCGUCUUGAGAUAAAUCAAGUCAGCGAAGUUGUCAAAAUCAUUGAUGCUCGUAAAGCAAAAACCAACACUGAAAUGGCUUGGAAUGAAGAGAUGGAGAUUGAUUUUGAGCAAUUGGAUAAUGUUACACUUCGUGAACUCGAAGCAUAUGUUAAUGCUGAGUUGAAUUGUCAGAAGAAGCCCAAGAAAUUGAUGCGUGAGUUUAUUUUUUACAUUUGUAUUUCAAAAUUUACCUCCAGAGGAACUUUGGUAAACUUUCUCCAGGAGAAAACAUCCUUGAUUGUUUCAAAGUUAGUCUAACUCUUUAUGUCCCUAGCCUCCCUCAAAUAUUUUUAAACAAUAUUCAAUUUUCAGCUAUCAAGAACCCGGCUGAAGCUGAAAGAAAGAAGCAAGAAAUUCAAGCGGAAUUGCAAGAAUUGAAUGCUCCAAUCCCAACAUUGAAUGAUAUUGGAAAAAUCUCGGCAAAAUCGUCUGCUCCAGUACCACCCAUCAAAAAACCACGUCUUGUAUGCUCUGAAAGUUCAAGCUCCGGAUCGGAUUCCAGUUCAUCAUCUUCAAGUGAUUCAUCUGAUUCUGAAGGUUAGGAUUGUGAACGUUGUAUAUAUAUAUAUAUAUCCAAAAAAUAAUACCCGUGAAUAACCGUCUUUUUGUUUGUCUUCAAAUCAAAGUUGUCCUAAAUUCUCUGUAAAGCACACGUAAACUGAACUGAACUGAAAAUUGCAAUUUCAAAUACCUCAAAUCUUAUCUCCGAUCUUCUACAAAUUUUUUACAAAAGCAUCUGACUUUAAUUGCAAAAAAAAAAUACAAAAUUACCUCUGAUAAUCAUACUUAAUUGAUUUUAAAAUUAUUUUAUUUAUAUCAAAUGCAAUUAUCUUUGUUGCAUGCAUUUUUAUGAAAGAUAAUCUUUCAUUUUUUUACGUUUUUUGAUCUCUAUUUACCCCCCACAUUUAUACGUGUCAUCUGACCGAUGUAUUGUUUCAUAAAAUGAUUCUUUUUCUACAUACAAAAUGAUUUUUUGAUAGGAAAUUUGGCAGGUUUUUGGAAAAGGAGGGCUUUCAGAAUCUUAGACUUUCUUAAAAAUCUCUUCUCUGAAUCCCUCUCACUCACUCUCUCAGAUAUUCCACCACAAAAGUUGAUGUUAUUAUAUUUUUUAGUAAUAAAUUUUUCCAUGCAGGUCCAAGAUUGGAUGAAUUGACAUCGCGUAAGAAGACACCGUUGCCAAAUCGAAUGAAAAAGAAGGAGCCAACUCCAGUCCCAAACCCUCUUGUUGAAGAGCCACCAAAGAAGAAAGUUGAACCACCACCGAAGAAACAAGUUGAACCACCAAAGAAGAAAUCAGUUUCACCGGUUGCCACUAUUUCGAGACCAGCUUCGGUCAGAUCUGUGACACGUGAAUCAACGCCGAUGAAUAUGAGAAGAUCGAAAUCUCGUACUGCAUCGCCGAAACCUGAAUGUGAGUUUGAAUUUGAAUCCAAUUUCGAAGCCUCCCCACAACUUGAAAUCUCAAAAAAAAAAAUUUCAAUUUCAGCGCAAGACAACUCACCAGCUGACAUUCUCGCUCGCUCCUAUGUCCACCCCAAAGGUCAUGCGAAAAUUGAGAAUAUGCCAGUGAUUCAUCCAACUUUUGACGCCUCAAUCUCGAUUCUCGAUCAAAUUCUUCCCGAAAAUCUCAAUUUGGACGCUGAAAAAAUGAAGCGUCAACGAGAGAAGGAGCGUCGUGAAAAGGAGGCGAGAGAGGCUGAAAUUGCUCAACAACGACGCAUUGAACACAAUAAAAAACAACAGGAGAAGGAUGAGCAAGAAGAGCAAUUGAUGUUGUUGCGUCAAGCUGAAGUGAGUUUUGAGAUCAGAAAAGAUCUUCUCCGAAGUUAAAUCAAUCGAAUUCUCAAUUUUCCAGGCUCGCCGUAAACGUCAACUUGAAUUGGCUGACACAGUUGGUGUAAAUGAGCAACAAGAGAUGAUGUUCAACUUUGAAACCAACUUCUAA